GUCUCUCCGCCAUCUUUGCUAAGUAGUGUGUCCAUGUGUAGAAACAGAAGGGCAUGUUGACAGCAAAGCGAGCGUUUCGAUAGCGGUGUGCCGGCUCUCUAAAGAGCGAUCGUUUUGAAUUUUAUUUGUUUGGACCCAGAGAAAUACCGAAAAUUCCGGCCUUAAAGUUAAACGACGCCGACGGUUGGGAAGCUUCUUCUUCGGGCAAGGCCAUUAGUAAAGCAAGCCCUGAGGGCUCCUACCGGACGGUAGACUUCAACGCAGAACCACCCUGGGAUCCCAGCUAGCAUCGGCUGAAAGCAGGUGUUUUUGUGGCCAGAUUGUUUGUAUACUCAGAUAUUCAGCUUAACUUUGUUGUUGUUGUUUUGACUGACAAGCUACAACAAUGAAGCAGUAUUUAGGAAAUAACUGUACUGUAGAAAUUCUUCCCUUUGAGAAAUCCAAACAACGUCUCAUCACUGACAAACUAGAGUGCCGUGGACUGGAGGAUACUGAGGACGCCUUCUUCAUUGGUGACUUGGGUGAUAUUAUCCAUAAACAUAAAGCGUGGGUUUCCCUUCUUCCCCGCAUUCAGCCCUUUUAUGCUGUGAAAUGUAAUGACAGCCCUGCAGUGCUGAAGACCCUGGCCGAGCUUGGCACGUCCUUUGAUUGUGCUAGCAAGGCUGAGAUUGAGAAAGUGCUGAAGCUAGGCGUGGCUCCAUCUCGUAUCAUCUUUGCUAACCCUUGUAAACAAGCCUCGUUCAUUCGUUAUGCUCGCAAGACUCAUGUCUCAAUGAUGACCUUUGAUAAUGAGGCAGAGCUGCACAAGAUCAAGAACCUCUACCCUGAUGCUAAACUUGUGUUACGGGUUCUGCCCCCGAGUGAAUUCAAGGUGCAGUGUGAGCUGGGCAUCAAGUUUGGUUGUCAUCCCAAGGAUUGUUACCAUCUGCUGAAAGUGGCUAAAGGACUAGGGCUUAAUGUUUUCGGAGUCAGUUUCCAUGUCGGGAGUGGGUGUGAGGACGCACGAGCGUUUGAAGCAGCCAUUUCUGUGUCCAGAAAAGUAUUCGACCAAGGGCUGGAGCUUGGCUUCAAGAUGACUCUACUGGAUAUUGGAGGUGGAUUCCCUGGACAGCAGUCUGCUCCGAUCAGCUUUAGGGAGAUUGCGGCUGUCGUGAAGCAGGCACUGGCUGAACACUUCCCUGAGGAGAGUAGAGUACGAGUGAUAGCCGAACCAGGACGCUACUUUGUGGCCUCAGCCUUCACUCUGGCUGUCAAUAUUAUAGCUAAGAGAGUGGUGGCCAGGGAGGCAGAAACAUCAAGCCCUGGGCAAGUUGCCAGCCUGGGAGAGCCAACAAAGGACCAGGAGCCUGCAUACAUGUACUAUGUGAACGAUGGUGUGUACGGCUCCUUUAACUGCCUUCUCUAUGACCAUGCCCAUGUCACAGCCAGUGUUUUGCAGGAUUGUGAGGACGAGCAACCAUUCACCAGCAGUAUCUGGGGACCGACAUGCGACGGCUUGGACUGCAUUCUGCAGAAGGUACUUCUCCCAGAGCUGAACAUCGGACAAUGGCUGUACUUUGAGGACAUGGGUGCAUACACCAUGUGUGCUGCAUCAUCAUUCAAUGGCAUGCCCAAACCUAGAUGCCAUUACUACGCUCAAACAGAGACCUGGCAUACCGUGUUCCCUGCCAAGCCUAAGAAGUUGGAGCGAUGUAUUUGUGCCAUACCCCAGAUGAAGGCUGGACACGAGUGCGGAGACCUGGAUAUGUCCAAGCUGACGUACAUACCAGAUGACACCUGUACCAAGGUGGAUCUUUGAAAGCCAAAUGUUCACUCCUAGAUACCAUCUAUAUAUAGCCCUGAGAUAAUUCCCAAAUGAUUCUCGAUAGCUUUGGAUUACAUAGUUAAUUACUAGCAUUCCUGUGCCAGGUUAGUAAGACAAACUUGUAAGGUUUGCCGUGCGGCUUUAAGUACAUGUACUUCUGUUUACAUAAUGGUUGUUGACACGUUUUAUGUUCUUGUUUUUUAAAAUACAUCAGUAUUAGAAUCCAUUAUAAAGAGAGGAAAUUGAUGGAUAACUAAAAUUGUAGCUGAGAUCAUGAGAGGUCUUGAUCAAACCAACAUUAUGUUGAUAUCAUGAGUGGUUGAUUUCUCAAAGGGAAGAAUUUUUUGACAGUUUCAUUAUCAGUUUUUGUCCUUCCAGCAAUAUUCCAAGCUUUGAAGGGAAGUUAAGUUGAUUUCUGAGUAUACAAACAAUUUAAACACCUGCUCUAUCUCUCACCUGGCCAGUUCUUUUUAUUUAUUUUU